CGAGUUGACAAUUCCGCCAAUGUCACAAAUUCACUAACCUAACAAUGCGACAACUAUUUGAAUAAUAAAAAACACUCGAAAAACCAUGCUAAGCCGCCUAUCAUUAUCAGUAACAAAACUUUUUCAGAUGUCAGUCAGAACCAUGGCCUCUGCACAAGCGUUCACAUAUCAAGACCUCAAAAAUACCUUAGGCCGAGAAGACGCACUUGUUAUUGAUGUACGAGAACCGAAAGAACUGGAAGAAGAUGGGAAAAUUCCUGGUGCUGUAAAUAUUCCUCUUGGGAAUGUAGAAUCCGCUUUCUUGAAAGCCAACUUAGAAGAAUUCAGACAGAAGUAUGGUGUAGAAAAACCAGGCAUAGAUACUCUUAUAGUAAUGUCAUGCAGAUCUGGACGAAGAAGUGAAUCUGCUACACAAAUGUUAGAACGCAUUGGAUUCCGUAAUGUCUUCAACUAUGAAGGUGGUUGGUUGGAUUGGAAUAAACACCAACAAGAGGAGAAAAACAAAUAAAUGUAUUGAAAUAUGGAUUUCCCUCAUUUUAUGAACAGUUUAUGUGUUGUUUUUAAAUUGUUAUAAUAAAUUGUUGAAUUGUUGAACUUA